GGAAGGGGUAACAACUGCUGCGCUGCUUGCGACCGGGACAAAAGCACGACAAGUGCACGGCAAGCCAGCCAGCAAGCAGGCAGUGAACAACCACAGAGAGGCAGGUCUCCUUCUUGGCCCGCAUACAUGCGUGACACAAGCCACAAACACUGUCAAUCAGCCCACUGCCUGGCAACAGCAUCCAAGAUGCACUCGGCAAGGGCACUGGCAACUGUGCUUGGGGGUUGGUGGCGUCGUCGCCAACAACAGCCUCAGCAAUGGCAUCCCUCUCUUUGAUGCCACUCCCACCACCUGUGCUCAUCAUCAGCCCAUCAACAACAGCAAUGACAGCGGUGACAGCAGCAGUGGAUGAAACGACCACCAUCAACAGUCUGCAAGCCGGUUGAGCCAUGUGGGCACUGCAGGCGGCGUGCUGGCUCACAACACCCUCCUCUACGGGUGUGACCACUGAUCGCAGCACGAACACAGCAGACACCACCACGCUUGAUGAGCUGCUACACGGCGGAUGCAAGUGGAUCAGUGGCGUGGCUGCGGACAAUGGCCUUUUCCUGCCACGGCAUUCCAUGCAACUCGCCAUCCAUCCUCAUCGUCGAUCAAGCCGCAAUGAAUUCCACCACCAUGACGGCCUCGAUGUGUCCAUGCCACUCUUCUCCAUGGUGACAUUCAUCCACACCGGAGCAGCGACGCGUUCCGCCCGCAAACAGAAAGUACCUCGUCACCUUCAGGUGUGGUACCACCAAGUCUGCUCGUUCUUGAUGCCAUGUGCAACCACCUCCCCAGGCUGCACAAUGGCAGGGACAUUGUGUUGGUGUGCGCGUGCCGGUGGUUUGGCGAAGAGCGAAUGGGCCGUGAGGGGAAGGUUGGAUAUGGCCCCUCGUGUAAGCAGGCAGAGGAAGAGUUCAACAAGUACACGUACACGGAGCUGGCGCUGGAGACCAAGUUUGGGCUCAUCAUCAUGGCUGCGGGCGCCAUCCCCGUCAUUGUCGUCGACCACUACGUGCUGCCCUACCAGGACCUGCUGGACUGGGAGAUGUUCAGCAGGCGCAUUCCCGAGCACAGGCUCCUCGAGGAGUUCUUCAAGUCCCUCUCCACCCAAGUGCACACAGCGCUGCUGGCGUCUGCCAGGAUCAACCUGUUCAGUGGCGACAACGCGUGGCAGAGGGCCCUUGAGCCAGCAGCUGUCACCCCCCUCCACCAACCACCACUGCUCUGGUGGGAUGAACAGACGGGCGCUGCCAUGUGAUGACCAUCCAGCCACGCUGUAUGCGGCUGUGGAAGCAGCAACAACAUCAACUCACGCCGCAGACAAGCAAGCGAUGAACAACGUGACUGCUGUUUGUCUUCCCCUCUCUUUCUCGCCCUCCCUGGCAGCCAUCACAACAACAACAGCAGCACCAGCCAACACACCCUCCACCGCCGAUGCAGCAGCAGCAGAGGAUGCACCACCACCACCACUUGCUGCUGAACACAUCCCAACCAACCAACCAACCAACCCAUCGCCCACUGGGAACAGGUGGCGACAGCACAAGUUGCAUUUUCGGCUGGAAGCAGCAGCAACAGCAGAGGCGAUGCACACUCGCAAGCAGCAGGAUGAGGGAAAUGUCGAGGAUAUUUGUCACGCGUACCAGCUGCACUCGCCUCACAUAUGGGGGCGACUGCCUAAGGAUCGUUGGAGGAUGAUGGGCGGUGCACACAUGAUGGGUUGGGAGGAGCAGCUGUGGGCACGCACGUCCAUGGUCAUGGUGGGCACAUCCAACCACAGUGACGCAGUCAUGUGCAGCUCGGCUGUCACCGUCAUCACCAUCACCAUCAUCGACAGCACAGCCGUCAUCACACUCCAGCCGACGCCAGCCCCAAUCUGGCGUGAGUCAGACAUUGCACAUGUCACUCGCUCUGAUGAAGAGCAGCAACAACUGAUGUGUGGCUGCAUUGUGGAUGAACUGGCCCUCUGUCUCUCGUCCAUCCCUUCCUCCUCCUCGUCCUCGUCAUCGUCAUUGGUCACCAACAGCGGCUGCGACCGUGAAUGUGGAGGGUGUGAUGUGCGUCGAUGUGCCGUUGCCUCGCGUGACGACGCUGCUGGUGGUGGACGGUGGCCGAUCUCUUCCCAAGCCCUCAUAACACGAGCAGGGCAAUACACGCACACACGAAUGUGCGAGAAAAGAAGGCACAAGGCGGAUGAGUGCGGGUUUCCCCAACCGAAUCCCCUUCCUUCUUUUCCCAACCAAUCGCCUUUGCUCUGUGCCGUCAUCAUCAUCAUCAGCCUUCCCCAUGCGAUGUGCAGCUGCUGAGGCGUGAUUGAGACUGCGGCCAACACAGGCACGCAGGGCAGGCUGGCUCGCUGCUGGUGGUGCUGGUGCUGUGAUGAUGGCCGUGCGUGUGCGUGUGCUGUGCAGCGUGUUUGGGGCUGCGCCGAUGAAGACAAGGAAGGACACGCCCGUGCCCACCACUCUUCCCCCUUCAUCUCCUCUUUCUGCUCCACCAGCGAUGACGAUGGUGGCCGUGGCAUGUGAUUGCGGUUCCUUUUUCUGGCUUCGCUGUGGCACAUUGGCUGGCUGGCUGGCUGGCUGCAUCAGGCAC